AUGGCGGAAGGAAGGAUUACUAUGUUGAUGCAGGAUGUAAUUAAUAAGGUGAAGGAGAUAUCUGAAAUCUCCGGUUAUAUAUCUGUUGUGAGGAAGCCAUUCUUUAGCCUUGCUGGAAGGUUAACGAUUAUGAUUCCGUUUUUCCAAGAGAUACGUGAUGUCACAAAGCAUGCUUCUCGUAACUUGUAUGAGGCCAUGACUUCACUGUUGGAUCACUUGGAAGCCACAAAGAAGUUGCUUCAACAGGGAAGUAAAGGCAGCAAGAUCUAUGUGGUACUGGAGAGGGAAGAAAUCAUGAGGGAAUACGAGACAGUUGUAGCUGAGCUAGAGGAAGAUCUGAGACGAAUUUGUUUCGAGAAACUAGACGUAUCAGACGAGGUCAAAGAACAGGCUGAUCUUGUUCUUCGUCAAUUCGACCGAGCUAGAGGAAAACAAUUUGAUACAUCUGCUGAUGACGACCUGUAUGAAGAUCUUCUCUUUCUUUACCACAAGGGCAGUAAUGGGGUGUUGGAUCCUGAAGUAUUUAACGGAGUAGUUGAAACGUUAGGACUAACCAAAGCCACUGCACUCGAACAAGAAUCAGUUGCGCUGAGUGAAAUCGUUAUUGCCAGAGGUGGAGAUCGUGUGGAGAAUAUCGAAAAGAUGUUUAUGGUAUUAAAGCAUAUCAAAGAUUUCUUACACACAAAUAAUCAAAGUGUAGAUUCAUCUUCAGGUGAUGGCUAUGUUUAUGUCAGACAAGGAAUUGCCAACGUAAUCAAUUACGAUAACGAAGUUAUACCCAAUGAAUUCCUGUGUCCAAUAUCACUUCAGUUGAUGCAGGAUCCUGUCGUCAUCUCAACGGGGCAGACCUUCGAGCGAUUGUCGAUUCAAACAUGGAUCCAAGCAGGGAAUGGCACUUGUCCAACAACACGGCAGUUCCUGACCAACACAACUCUGAUACCCAACUAUGCGUUACGUGAUCUUAUAGUCGAAUGGUGUAAAACAAACAGGAUAUUGGACGCACCCAAAGGAGUGAGUACCAUUGCUUAUUCCUGCAAUCCUGUCGAGCGUAAGUUCAUAGGAAUAUACAUACGGCAGCUCGAAUGUGUCGAACAUAAUGGUCACCAACGCAAGGGUGCUGGUGAAAUUUAUCAACUUACAAAAAGAAAUGCUCAGAUCCGUGAAGCCAUAGGCGAGGCUGGUGCGAUCCCAUCACUUAUAAAAGCACUGCAAACAACAGAUCCAGAGACACAAGGGUAUGCAAUGUCAGCUCUUCUUAACCUCUCUAUUUGCCCCCGAAACAAAAGGCGCAUAGUAGAAGCUGGGGCGAUCCCUAAGAUAAUUGAUGCGAUGAAUUCGGGUUCCAUGAAAGUAUGCGAAGAUGGAGCCACUAUCCUUUUCAGCCUCUCUGAGACGGAUGAGAUCAGGUUUCUUAUCGGUUCUCAUGAGGGAAUACGACCGCUUGUAUUCCUGUUGCGUGAAGGGAGUGAAAGGGGGCAAAAGGAUGCUGCAACUGCAUUGUUUAGCUUGUGCUUGAUACCAUGUAACAUAGCAAGAGCUGUGAAGUUUGGUGUGGUUCCUGUACUAAUUGCCCGUUUGUUAAAAGGAUAUAGCCCACUGAAGGAUGACGCACUGGCUCUUCUAGACAUGAUGGUGAGCCACCGGGAUGUCAAACUGGUUUUACUGAAAGAAAGCCCUACUCAACGCCUAAUACAACUUCUCUUGGAAGGGUCUCGAAAGAACCAAGAGAAUGCAGCUUCAAUUUUGCUGCAACUUAGUGUUGAAGAUCCAAAGUAUCUGGACGAGGCCCAACGAUUUAGAAUCGUAAAUUAUCUCAUGUAUGUGGAAUGUUUUGGUUCUGAGGAAGGAAAGAGAAAGGCUAACCUGUUGCUGCAGAGGGUAACCACAUGCAUGCACGCUAUGGAAAGAAAGAGGGCUCGGAUCGAACCGGACUGCGAGGCAUCUACAUCAAGAUCCAAGCCCAGGCACAGGGACGGGCCCAAUUGA